AUGACAACGUGGUGUUUUCUUUUGGUGGGACACGUGCUGCAUGGAUCUGUUUUGCAGGAUGCUGCCUGUGGAGUGCGAUACUGCAGAGUCAUCAUAGGCAGCAAUGGCGUUGCCGUUGGCGCUAAAGAUGGCUUCACGGAGUUGCCAGCCCUCGGAAUUUUUUGGAAAAGACUUCCAGGUCUGCGUCAUUCAUGCAUUCACGCAGUGUUUGCAUUGCCAAUGGUGCCAAAGAUGGCUUCGAAGAUGCUCUCGGAGCAGCCAGAGGACUGUGAAGUGUGA